GGAGGCGGUGAAAGGUAUAAAGAGCCGGUGGGCUCAUCCCAGCCUUGCCAGUCUUUUUCAGACCGCUCUAGGGACGUGUUACUAAAGUUGAAGUGCAAUACCAGUGCCAAGAAAAAUGUCCAAAAAUCUUCGUCUCAUUCUCAUCCAACACCGUACUGCUGGUGAUGCAAAGGAGGAGAAUGUGCAGUACGUACUUGGAAAAAUCCGUGCUGCUGUUGCCGAUGAAAAGCGCACCAGUGUGCCAAUCCUUGUAGUGUUGCCUGAGUUGUUCAACUCACCCUAUGGCCCACAGUUCUUCGAUAAGUAUGCCGAACUUAUCCCUGAUGGAUACACCAGCAAAGCCCUCUCAGCUGUAGCCAAAGAGUUGGGUAUUUACAUCAUUGGUGGUUCCUACCCCGAACGUGAUCCUCAGAAUCCCAAAACUCUCUACAACACAUGCACUGUGUGGGGACCAAAGGGAGAACUUCUUGCCAAGCACCGCAAGGUUCAUCUCUACGACAUUGAAGUCCCUGGGAAGGUCACAUUCAAGGAAUCUUCGGCAAUGACUCCUGGAAAGAAUUUCACCAUUGUGGAAAUUGGUCCAGCAAAGAUUGGCAUUGGUAUUUGCUUCGACAUUGAGUUCGAUGAGUUUGCCAGGGUGUACAGAAAUGAGGGAUGCAACUUCCUCGUAUACCCGGCUGCCUUCCCCAUUUACACGGGAGAGCUCCAUUGGGAAUUGUACCAGAGGGCACGUGCUGCCGAUACCCAGAGCUACGUUACGAUGGUAUCUGCAUCACGUGACUACACAAACCCCUUCGUCAACUGGGGCUACACCAUGCUCGUUGAUCCAUGGGCUAGGGUGAUCAAGAAGGCUGGUGAAGAGGAGGAGAUCAUCAAGGCUGAUCUCGAUUUUGCUUUGGCCGACUCUGCCCGGGAGCAACUUCCAGUUUUCAGAAAACGUCGCACCGAUAUGUAUGAUGUGGUGGCUAAAGUUCCCCUCAAGUGAAUCUGCUGGCAGAGUUGAAAAUUAUUGAUCCAGUUAUUAUUUGAUAUACACACGAUACGUUUUAUCCAUCAGUGUAUCCACAAAGUUAUCAAUUGGAUGAAUAAUUGCUGUAAAAAUAUAUGCACUAUAAAUAAAGCGAAAUUGAUUGGCAAAAAAAA